AUGGCUCCUAUCUUCGAAGACAGCGUCAGCAAUGCGAACGCCAACCCCAGCAUCACCAAGACAUCUCUGUGCCAGGAAAACGGUCCAUCAUGCAAAUACACACCAACCAAGAAAUUACAAGAAGCCCAAAAACAAGUCGCAAAUGAUUUCCGAUCUGACGUAGUAACUGUUCCCACAGAGGAAGUCAUGCAGGCAAUCAUAGACGCAACAUUCCAAGACGACAUGUACAACGAAGCUGGCGACCCCUCCGUCAACGCCCUCCAAGACCACAUCGCCGCCCUCACCGGCAAAGAAGCCGGCCUCUGGGUCCUCUCCGGCACAAUGGGCAACCAGAUCUGUCUGCGCACGCAUCUGACCCAGCCGCCGCAUUCCGUGCUGCUUGAUUCCAGGGCGCAUGUGCAUAAUUGGGAGUCGGGUGCGUUGCCGGUUCUGUCGCAGGCGUCGGCGACGCAAGUGGUUCCGAAGAACGGGGUGCAUCUGACGGUCGAUGAUGUGAGGAGGAAUAUUAUUGCGGAUGGGAAUAUCCAUUUCCCACCAACCCGCGUCGUCUCCCUCGAGAACACCCUCAGCGGCACAAUCCUCCCCCUCGAACACGCGAGACAGAUCUCUCAAUUCGUUCGCAAUUUCCCCGUCUCUGAAGGUGUCAAGCCAAUCGCCAUGCACCUCGACGGUGCGCGGCUGCUCGACGGCGUAACAGCCGAAGGCGUCGACCUCAAAGAGUACUGCUCGCAUUUCGACACUGUGAGCAUUUGUAUGUCGAAGGGUCUUGGUGCGCCUAUGGGGAGUGUUAUUGUGGGGAGUAAGGCGUUUAUUGAGCGGGCGAAGUUUCUGAGAAAGAUGUUUGGUGGUGGGACGAGGCAGCCCGGCAUGAUGGCCGCCGCCGCCAAAGCCGCCAUGGAAUACACCCUUCCCCUCCUACCCCGAGUUCACGCCCUCACCAAAAAGACAGCAGACUCCCUCCGCGAAAUCGGAUACACAAUCAGUCUCCCUGUGCAAACGAACAUGAUCGUAUUAGACCUGGAAGUCGACGAUAUCCCAGCUGCUGCAUUCGUGAACUACGGGGAGAAACACGGGUUGAUAUUCUUCCCUAGUGGGCGGUUGGUGUUCCAUCAUCAGAUCUCGGAGGAUGCGGCGGGUAGGGCUGUUGAGGCGCUGAGGGAGUUGUAUAUGGAUAAGAAGGCGGGGAAGACACUGGAUGAUUAUGCUGUUAGUGGGGGAUAUACUUAA